AUGCCCCUCGUUUUAGCGAUGUCACUAGACGAGAUACUGAAGGAGAAUAAGAAUGACGUUUGCGCGGAUUGUGAGUCUACACGUAUUUUUGGUCUCGCCACAGACUGGUCCGUGUUCGUCUGCAAAGAGUGUACAGAGGCCCACGUGAAACUUGGCGGUGGCUGGCGCUCUCUAGCCUCCCUUCAGUCUGCAAGCGAGGCCGAGAUGAAGACUCUGAUUGUUCCAGGUAAAGGAAAUCAACAAGUUAACGAAGAAUUUGAGGCCGAACUUCCUGUUUUCUAUCGACGUCCAUGGCCUGGACCGACUUGUCCAUCCUUCUUGCGCGAAGUGUUUAUCCAUCACAAAUACAUUUCACGGGCCUUUUGCAAAGGCGCUGCUGCUUCCGGUUUGCAAGUUGGAUUCUUCAACACAGCGAAAAGUGGUCAACUGCUUAAAAAACUCCGCGAUGCGUCCGAGUUUGUUCCCCGUUUGUUUGAGAUAAAUUCGACUACCAACACACUAAAGUAUUUUGUAAAGCUUACCGAUACUGAGCCCAAGGAGUGCAUUGAUUUAGAACGCUGCAACAUGACGUUUGUCGAUUCACAAGCCUUUGGCGUUCCUCCUCACACCGCAUUAAUCCAAUUCGUCCAGGAUCAUUCAACAAGACACAUCUUCGUUCGAAGCGAAGACAGUCGAGAGAUUCUCAAUUGGUAUAACACCUUACGGCUGUGCAAGUACCAGCGCCUUCGGCUUCACCUUUCCGGGACUGGUCAGAAUGUCUCAGUGGAUGAAAUAGUCUCACACCUGACUUUUGAUCUUCAGAAGGCCGGGUGGCUAAUGAAGGGUGGGCCCGGCACCAAUUAUCCCUUCAGGAAACGGUGGGUGAUUUUAGCCAAACGGUGGCUCCUUUACACGAUUGCCCCACAGUCUGCCUUCGCCAAGGGCGAACUAUUUAUCGGAUCAUCUGACGAUGGAUUCUGGGUCGAAGCCAAAGCCCCUGAUACGUGGAAGAAGACACCAACGGAAUUCCCGAUCACGAUCGGAACACCGGAUCGUUCUUUUGUAUUUUGUUCCACCUCUUUGGAAGAACGCGAUGAGUGGUUUGAGGCCAUUUCAGCAAUAAUCGAGCGCCCUGUUACCCUCUUAGAAACAAAGGAAGCCGCCUCUGUUUUCAACAGACGAAAAUAA